ACGAGUUUCUCAGUUUUGAACUUUGCAACCUUCAGAGUAUGACCAGUCACGUGCCUGAUAUUCUUAUGAGAUGACUACCACCAGUGCUAAACUCCUAAAGCUCACGCUUCCGCUCAUCAAAACCCAUGGGUUCACUCGCGAAGCGCUAUCCUUGUCGGCGCUGUCCCUACCCACGCCGCUGGCUCAUCCUCUCCCAGACGCAAGCGUGACUGCGCUGUUUGGUCCAGGAGACGAUGCACGUAGGACGCUUGUACACGCGUGGCUUGAUGAUGCGAGACUUAGGAUGAAGGAACAGGCGGCGGAGAGGAUGGGAAUGGGAGACGUAUUGAAGGCGAGGUUGAGGAGCAACGAACCGGUGCUGGAGCACCUUCCAGAGGCAUUUGCUCUCCUCGCUUCUUCAUCCGCGUUACCUCUACCUCUGCUACCGGUGGACCCUGCCCCGAUUAUCAAACACGCUGUUCAAGUAUCUGAUCAGGCGUGCUGGAUCGCUUAUAGUGGUCUACGGGAGUCAUCUUGGUACACCCGCCGAGCAUCUAUCUCCGCCAUAUACCUCGCUGCCGAACUUCACCAACUGACUUCCCCAAAGACAGCAUCAGCAUUCUUGGAUUCACUUCUCGAGAAUGCAGAUCACGCAGGAAAAGCUCUGGAUGAGACGGCUUUGUUUGCGAGUUAUGUGUGGAAGAGCUGGAGAGGGAUCGUGAGGAGUUCUGGGGUGUUGGUUUGAUGAUGAGUGGUGUAGUUGCGGGGUGUCGUUCAUACGAAAUAGAGAUCGAUGCUGCCAUUGCAUAGACAUAUAGCAUAUCUUAGUACCGGGACAGAAAUAGCCUAGACACUGGUCCCCUCCACCAAUUCUCACAGCAUCCCAAACACCAAUUGUGCAUGCUUGCGAGGAUCCAUCCACCAAUAACAUCCCCUUCUACAUUCUAGAAGCCUCGUUCAAUGAUGACUGUAGUUCAACAGACCUGUGACGACAGAGAACUCGAUGCUCUGUUUCCCUCCCCAUCUGCCCCGCCGAGUGUGCUUUCCCCUCCACGAUACCCUGGAAUUUCCCCAGAAGCAGUCGCAGCUUUGACAUACGUCUUGAAGGACAACCAUACCAAGUACCACAUUUUCUUCAACAAC